CGAGCACAGCAACUAUCUAGCUUCCGUAACAGACAUGCAAACAACACCGACUGUCGAGAGAAACCAGUGUUACCAGCACAGGCGUGUCCUGAAUUAAUAAAUGCCAUGUUAUACAUGCGCAUUGACAAUAGUGAGGCUUUGGCACGGACAAGUAAGAACAGCCGCACGCAGGAGUUCCUGCUUUAGAACUAUACAAAUCGCAGGUAACACGAGCCAAUAGGAAAAUAAGGGCAGUGCUAAAAAAAAAAAAAAAGGGGCGGACCCUCGUGCCAAACAUACCUUCUGAUUAAGUAGAGCGAAGGAUCUUAUCGGCUGAGGAAGACGAUACCAACCUCCACAGGGCGCAAGGAUUUCGGAGGCUGAUUUUGAAGCUGGUGGCUUUUUGGGGCAGGUGGCAUUGUUCAUUGUUACACGCAGUACCCAGCGCUGGACUGUUGCGAUAUAGGGUGCAGAUAGAGAGAGGGGAGAAGUGUGCUGGGGUUUUAAUCAAUUCAAGUAAUACCAGCCUUUCUUUGCGGAGAUGGAGAACGCACACAUUAAAUCGGUAUCUGAAGUUCUAAGUAAUUUCGGGGUAAAUGAAAAUACUGGACUGACAACAGAGCAAGUGAAAAGGAAUUUUGAAAAAUUUGGGCCAAACGAGCUGCCGGCAGAAAAAGGCAAGUCGCUAUGGGAGCUGGUGUUUGAGCAGUUUGAGGAUCUUCUGGUGCGGAUUCUUCUCCUGGCAGCCUGUGUCUCGUUCGUCUUAGCCUUGUUUGAAGGAGGAGAGGAGAGCACAAUGACUGCCUUUGUGGAACCCAUUGUCAUUCUCAUGAUCCUUGUAGCCAAUGCUAUCAUUGGGGUGUGGCAGGAGAGGAACGCGGAGAGCGCCAUCGAGGCUCUGAAGGAGUAUGAGCCGGAGAUGGGGAAGGUGUUCCGGAUGGACAGGAAGGCGGUGCAGAGGAUCAAGGCUCGGGACAUUGUGCCCGGGGACAUCGUGGAGGUGGCAGUUGGUGAUAAGGUCCCAGCUGACAUUAGGAUUACCAGCAUCAAAUCAACAACACUUCGGGUGGACCAGUCCAUUCUCACAGGUGAAUCGGUGUCUGUAAUUAAACACACAGACCCAGUGCCUGACCCCAGAGCUGUCAACCAGGACAAGAAAAACAUGCUUUUCUCAGGCACCAACAUCGCCGCUGGCAGGGCUAUCGGCGUGGUGGUGGCCACUGGGGUAGCCACGGAAAUCGGCAAAAUCCGUAACCAGAUGGCGGCGACGGAGCAGGAGAAGACCCCGCUGCAGCAGAAGCUGGACGAGUUCGGGGAGCAGCUCUCCAAGGUCAUCUCGCUGAUCUGCGUGGCCGUGUGGGUCAUCAACAUCGGACACUUCAACGACCCUGUCCACGGGGGCUCCUGGAUCCGUGGUGCCAUCUACUACUUCAAGAUCGCUGUGGCCCUGGCCGUGGCUGCCAUCCCCGAGGGGCUGCCCGCCGUCAUCACCACCUGCCUGGCCCUGGGCACCCGCAGGAUGGCCAAGAAGAACGCCAUUGUGCGGAGCCUGCCUUCCGUCGAGACGCUGGGCUGCACAUCCGUUAUCUGCUCUGACAAGACCGGCACUCUCACCACCAAUCAGAUGUCGGUGUGCAAGAUGUUUGUCGUGGAUAAAGUCGACGGUUCCAACUGCAGCCUCCAUGAGUUCUCAAUCACUGGAUCCACCUACGCUCCCGAAGGAGAAGUUCUGAGGGGUGAGAAGCAGGUUGAGUGUGGGGAUUAUGACGGCCUGGUAGAGCUGGCUACAAUCUGCGCCUUGUGCAAUGACUCCUCCCUGGACUUCAAUGAGUCCAAGGGGAUCUACGAGAAGGUUGGAGAGGCCACAGAAACAGCGCUCACCACCCUGGUGGAGAAGAUGAACGUGUUCAAGACUGACGUCAAACACCUCAGCAAAGUAGAGAGGGCCGGAGCCUGCAACUCGGUGAUCAAGCAGCUGAUGAAGAAGGAGUUCACACUAGAGUUCUCCCGCGACCGCAAGUCCAUGUCUGCGUACUGCAGUCCCACCAAGCCCGGCUCUGGAAACAAGAUGUUUGUGAAGGGCGCUCCGGAGAGUGUGAUUGAGCGCUGUAACUACGUGCGAGUGGGGACCAACAAGACGGCCCUGACGCCCCCCUUGAGGGAGCACAUCAUGGGGGUGAUCAAGGACUGGGGCAUGGGGAGGGACACACUGCGCUGCCUGGCCCUGGCCACACGGGACAGCCCACCCAAGAAAGAGGAGAUGGACCUGGAGAACUCAGUCAAGUUCUCUGAGUACGAGAACAACAUGACGUUCGUGGGCUGCGUGGGCAUGUUAGAUCCCCCUCGCAAGGAGGUGAUGGGCUCUAUCAGCCUGUGCGGAGAGGCUGGCAUCCGCGUCAUCAUGAUCACCGGGGACAACAAGGGCACUGCCGUGGCAAUCUGCCGGCGGAUCGGGAUCUUCGGAGAGGACGAGGACGUGACCGACAGAGCCUACACGGGCCGCGAGUUCGAUGACCUGGCUCCUGAGGUGCAGAGAGAGGCCUGCAAGAGAGCCCGCUGCUUCGCCCGGGUGGAGCCCGCGCACAAGUCCAAGAUAGUGGAGUACCUGCAGUCCUUCGAUGAGAUCACAGCCAUGACCGGGGAUGGUGUGAACGAUGCUCCAGCCCUGAAGAAGGCAGAGAUCGGCAUUGCCAUGGGCUCUGGCACGGCGGUGGCCAAGUCUGCCUCCGAGAUGGUCCUGUCUGACGAUAACUUCUCCACCAUCGUGGCUGCUGUGGAGGAAGGCAGAGCCAUCUACAACAACAUGAAGCAGUUCAUCAGAUACCUCAUCUCAUCCAACGUGGGGGAGGUGGUGUGCAUCUUCCUGACUGCUAUCCUGGGUCUCCCGGAGGCCCUCAUUCCUGUGCAGCUGCUCUGGGUGAACCUGGUGACAGACGGUCUUCCUGCCACUGCCCUGGGCUUCAACCCCCCAGACCUGGACAUCAUGAACAAGCCCCCCCGCAACCCCAAGGAGCCCCUCAUCAGCGGCUGGCUCUUCUUCCGCUACCUGGCCAUCGGAGGGUAUGUUGGUUUGGGAACAGUUGGCGCAGCUACCUGGUGGUACCUGUAUGAUGCCGAAGGCCCAGAACUUACUUUCUUUCAGCUGAGGCACUUCAUGCAGUGCACUGAGGACAACCCGCUCUUUGCAGGGGUCGAUUGUGAGGUCUUCGAGUCCCGCUACCCCACCACCAUGGCUCUGUCUGUGCUGGUCACCAUCGAGAUGUUCAAUGCCCUGAACAGCUUGUCUGAGAACCAGUCCCUGCUGAGAAUGCCCCCCUGGGUGAACGUGUGGCUGCUGGGAGCCAUUGUGCUGUCCCUGUCCUUGCACUUCCUCAUCCUGCACGUGGAGCCCUUACCUCUGAUAUUCCAGGUGACGCCUCUGAGCGUGUCCCAGUGGAUGGUGGUUUUGAAGAUCUCGAUCCCUGUCAUCCUAUUGGACGAGGGUCUCAAGUACUUGUCCCGUAACUUUCUAGAGGCUUAACCUCCCUCUGUUCUUCUUGUCUGUUUCUCGCAAUGAAAAGGUGACGAGGACAGGAAGUACAUCAAGAGGAGACUGAAACCCUGAACACAACCCCUAUUUAAACUGAAGUCUUGCAUGUUCAACCGCCACUAGCAGCCAGCAGGACUUGCAUGUGUCGGACAAGUGUAUAGGAAGAAUGAGGACCAACUGCAGAAUAUACUGAUGACUUGUAGCUUUUUUCUGUACAUAUUAGUGCAAUAACUGAAUGUAGGCAAGAGGAGG